AUGGGCGCGAUGAGCCGGCUUGGCGGAGAACUCACGGACGUUGACACGCGCCUUGAAGAUGUGGGUCUCCGGCUGGCGGAGGAGUGGCAUCAACUGAAGGUGGCCAUCAACUUCGGGCGCCUCCAGCGUGAGCAUGCCAACACGGAGGCCGAGGCAUCCCUGGCAACCUCCCGCGAGGCUAGCGCCCGAGCCUUGGAGGAGGCCAGGGAGGCCGACCGUCGCCGUGCGAUCGGCGAGGAGCGCAGGCGGGAGCUCCUGGCCUUGAACGCCUCUUUGGAACAGCAGGUGGAGGCGCGCAGGGCCACCCUCGCGUCGAUGAAAGGGACGCCUGCCGAGGAGGAAGAGAUCCAGAAGCGCGAGAAGGCGCUGGCGCUGGAAGCCACGGAGCACAGCCUUGAGCUUGAGAGGUUGGAGACGAGGGAGCGCCAGGUUCCCCAAGCGGAGGAUGCCGAUAACGCGCGCGAGGCGAGGAUCCAGAAGGAGGUCGACUGCAGGGUGGCGGAGGCUUGCGCUGACCUCGAAAACAGGUAUGGUAUGAAGCCGGAGCUUGUGGGAGCUGAAGUUGAUGGCCGGGGUUCUGCCUUGAGGUCGAGGUUGGCAGAGGUGGAGCAGCACGAGCAAGCUGCCGCUGCAGCCCUGAUCUCUACGCAGGCCGAGCUGGCCUCCGCCCAUGCUGAACUGCUCCCACUCCAGCAGCGGGUCACCACUGCCGAGUCCCUCACGCAACAGAGCAGGGAGGAAGCGCUUUGGCGGCAGACGUUGGAGCGCGAGCACGCCCCCAUGCUCCAAGGCCUCAUGAUCAGAGCCAACACGGCGCUGGGCAACAUCUGCGAUGAACAUGCCCCUCAUCCCCACGCGAACGACUAUCCCAGCCACCUCCGCUUUUUCGCUGAUGUGGUGACGCGCCUGGAGAACCGAUCCAAGAGGGCUCGUGAGCUUGUUGAAGAGAGGAGCCGCGGCCUGCUCGGGCGCGCGUUCUCCCGCAUCUUGAGCCACCUCCAGAACACCUACCCAAACUUCGAUUUUGACGCCGCAAUUGCCCCUGUACCCGAGGCCUCUUCGUCUGGCUCAGGUUGA